UCUGAUUUAGAGAAAUUCUCAUCUAAGUAAGAUUGAGCAUGCGUCAAUCACAUCUGUUUUCUGAUUAGUCAAUCAUACACUAAAGAUCUGAAGCUGAAGUCAUGAUUUCGGUCCGUAGAGUCAGUGGCCAUCCCUGGAGAAGACAUGUCUACUUGAUACCCCUGUAUCGACUGUCUUCUGAUUGUAAGAACGUUGUGUAAAAGAUUGAUCAUACUCCUAAGUAGAUUGAUUUUUUAGAAAGCAACCACACGCGACGUUGAAAUAUAUGCAAUUGGAACCAUGCAUCAAAUAUAAGUGCAAAUCCUCUCCGAAAACAGCGAAACUUAGUCUGGUGAACUCCCGCGAGAGAGAAGCAUGUCACGGAUUAACCUUACUUUCACGUCCUGACGGGAGGAAGUACUGGUGUCUAAAAGUGAAGAUUCCUCUGUUCCUUGUAAAUCUUACACAUCAGCAGGGAAUUUUCAAAGUCACUAAAGGAAGCAAUCGACUGUUUUAAAAUUAAGCAAACAGUUCCUGACCACGCAAACUACAACCAGAGUAAAAAUAAAUGUUACCGUCGUCACUAAGCACGUGCACGAAACUGUGGAGUGUAUACUUUACAACUUCACUUUUCUUUUGAUGCCAAAUUGUACCAACGUGCCCACAACAGAGUUUGUACACACCGUCUAGUGCCUCAUUGCUCUCAGUCGCCGACUUCGCGAUCGUAAACAUCAUGGGUGAAAUUUCAGAUUGUCGGGAGCCCUCGUUGCCACCGGAAUCACUGAUCCUCGAAGGGAAGAGACUGGUUUUGAAACCACCGACCGCUGAAGAUGAAGGUCCCAUGUGCAUGAUUUACUCUGAUAGAAUCACGACGAAGCACUUGCCUCAACAUCAUCGUCCUGAUGGAUGGACUAAAGAGGAGAUGACAGAGCGUAGACGUUACCAAGCCGAACAGUGUUCCCAGGGCAAGCGCAUCGUGUUCACCAUACAUCUACCGGAAAAUGCGUGCUCAGGAGGUGAAACAUCGAUCGUUGCUGGUACUGCCGGUCUGACACUGGAUGAAGAUUCAGGUGAAUUUGGCAUCAUAUUGCACCAUCCAUUCUGGAAAAGAGGUCUGUGUACAGAAGCUACAUAUUUGUGUCUGAAUUAUGCUUUUACCUCCCGUUCUAUCAAGAGAGUGGACUGGGUAACUGCGAAGGACAAUGCUCAGAUGCGUGGAUGGUGUGAAAGUUUGGGAUUGGAAGCAUACGACAAGGAAGCUCCGGAGAUGGGUGAAUCGGUUGCAUAUUCCUUGACAAGGUCCGAAUGGUACAACAACGUUCGUCACAUCUUAGAGCAGAGGUUGUCCUGAAUUAAUGCAGGCCUUAAACUAGCGGUUGAAAUCCGCUGUAAUAAUUGAUGAUGUCACUGAUUAGCGAUGCUUUUCUACCCAGCUCUAAUUGUAUUCUGUCACCAACUGUAUUCAACUGUAUUCAACUGUUGUAAUGACAAUUUUCCAACUUUUCUCUUAAUCAUUCUAAGGACCAAGAG